AUGAAAAUCGUGUUGAAUGGAAAUCACAGCUUAGCAGAUACAGUAGAUCACUUUCCUGAUUCACCUCAUUUACCAAACAUUGGCAUGGAUGAAAACGUUAUGCAACUGAACUCUAUUGUUACCUCAGAUAAGCAGACAAAAAAGACUAGCAGAAAAAAGAAGGACAAUUCUAGUGCGGAAUUAUCUAAAGGUGGAGAUCUAUCGGAAUCGAAAAUCGUACAUCAUUCUAUUUUAAAUAAUCAGUCUACCUCAUCAGUGCCAGAAAAUGAAGUGCAAUCCAGAAUGUCACAUUUGCGAAAAUAUGCUAAAGAGCUUCAAGCUGAAUCCUGA